UAUGCAUUAUCCGCGUGCAAUCUGGGACCAUAUUUCACCAACAAUCGACAAUCAUUUUACCACAUAAUUUAUCGAUAAGCAAUAAUUUCGAAACUCUUGAUCCUUCACGACUUGUGGAAGUAUCACAUGACAAAAUACCUACGCAAAGAAAAAUUACUUUCCCAGAAAAUAAAAAUGAUGACCUUUUUGAUAUCACUACGGACAUUUUUUGUGAAAUCGAUUCAGCUCUGUCUUACAGGCAACACACAAAUAGUUUUGAUGUCUAA